GAAGACUAAGACGAGCACCCAGACCAGCAUGCCUUCUUUUACCAGUCGCCCUUCUCCCUGCAUUGUUUAGGAUCAGCUGUGCAUGGAUCUGAAACCCCACCCAAUGAGGAAGGACAAACCAUAGGGAGGAACAGAGACUGCAAGAAAACAGAGCAAGGGGGCCUUUUACGAUAGUGUCGAUUAUUACAAGGCAAUAAUAACGAUUAUUGCCGUUUUCAGUGCAAUUUUCUCCCAGGAAGAGGAAGGAAGGCUAUUUUGCAACAUUUCUCCUACUGUGCGCCGCGACGGUGAAGUAGUCAGCUGAUAUUUCGUUAGCAAUUUCCAACGAGCGGCGACAAAAUGAUUGCCUUGAUUAACAAGCUUCUGGACUGGUUUAAAGCGCUGUUUUGGAAGGAGGAGAUGGAACUAACAUUGGUUGGUUUGCAGUAUUCGGGGAAGACGACCUUUGUAAACGUGAUUGCGUCGGGGCAGUUCAGCGAGGACAUGAUCCCUACCGUGGGCUUCAACAUGAGGAAGAUCACCAAGGGCAACGUCACAAUCAAGCUUUGGGACAUCGGAGGCCAGCCUCGAUUCAGGAGUAUGUGGGAGAGGUACUGCCGUGGAGUCAGUGCUAUUGUAUAUAUGGUUGAUGCUGCCGACCCUGAAAAGAUUGAGGCCUCCAAGAACGAACUGCACAACUUGUUAGACAAGCCCCAGCUGCAGGGCAUUCCAGUACUUGUUUUGGGAAACAAAAGAGAUCUUCAAGGUGCCUUGGAUGAGAAGGAGCUGAUUGAGAGAAUGAAUCUGUCCGCCAUUCAGGACCGAGAGAUCUGCUGCUACUCGAUCUCAUGCAAGGAGAAGGACAACAUUGACAUUACACUACAGUGGCUGAUCCAGCACUCAAGGACCAGGAGAAGCUGAGCCCCCCAGCCCUCAUCCAGCCCACCUUGACCUAACCCUGGAGGAACAGCGUCUGGUGCACACACACACACACACACACACACACACACACAAAUAUACACACACACAUAUACAUUUACAUGAACACAAAUACACAUACACUCACUCACUGGCUUCUCAAAUUUACUGUUCUAAACAAAAAAAAAAAUAGUAAUCCCUCACCGCCCCUCGCAUUUCCUCUACACCCCCCCCCCCCAAUUACACAUUCAGCCAAGUUCUAUUCUUGUAAAGACAUUGUGUAAAAAAUAUGAUUUGCACUGCUUUUUUCUCUGGUUUUGUAGGUUUUUUUUUUUUUACAUACACAUUUUUUUACAAGUGACUGACACUGUCACUGAUCAAAUAACGGCUUGUUGUUUACCUUCUUUGCGCUUUUUUGUUGACCUUUUUUUGUUAUUCGUUUGUUUGUUUGAUGGGGAUCUAAAAUGUCACAUGUUGGUCAGAGGGUUUCAUUGUUGGCUCUGUCUCACCUUAAACAGCCACAGUGGAGAGAUCCAUAUGGCAUGCUUUUCUUCAGCAUUACCACCUGUGACUGGAUAUAGUGGCUGUUUGGAUGGGUCACUUUUUCAAAGUGGUUGGUCAUAUUAUUGGUGGCCAGAGUUAGGUCACGGAUAGUAAUUUGUGAUUUCAGCUCCUUGGUUGAUGACUGUGAUUGCCACCGCUGAUUUCCUGAAAAGGAGAAGUCCGACCUUUGGCUGAGGUGUGUGCGUGUGUGUGUGUGUGUGUGUGUGUGUGUGUGUGUGUGUGUGUGUGUGUGUGUAUGGGGGAGCCAGCCUAAUACCAGUUAAUCAUAGUUUUAUGGGUAGGAGAAGGGAAGUGAAGCUGGCCAUGAUGGCUGAACACACCACUUGCCUCAGUGUGCAGCUUUUCAUCUUACCAACAGAAGAGCUGUGGAUACACACUUGAGAAAAAGACCAGUAAUGAUUGUGCUAGUUGCUCUAUCUUCUGAAUGCAUCUGCAAAACACAGUAGCCAUAAAAUCAGCUCGAUUUCCUCAGCAAGAUGCUUGCAUGCAAUGACGCCCCUGUCCUCCAACCCCACCUGUCCUUGCUAUGUCGUCUUGGCAUUUUAUGUUGUGAAUUUACCUGGAAAUUCAAUGUGCAAACUAUGUAUCUUCUUGCCUUUGUCUUGUAUUACCAAGCUGUAAGCAAAAUUUAGUAAUACCUGUAUCAUGAAGGAAGUGAUUUGCUGACAGCUCUUAUGACCUGACCAGACUUGCGUUAUGAGAUACUGUGUGUGGUCUUGUCCCUCUGUGUAGACCAGGUCAGCUCGUAGCCCAGUCAGUAAAGAUGUUAAGUGUAUUUAAAAUAGCCCUCCCACAGGAGCAGGAAGCACACAAGUGGUCAGCUUAGCUGUGGUGGAAAUCUUGUGAGAGUAACUCUCGGCCACUCGGACGCUUAUGUUUUUGUGUAUUUACAGCAUCAAAAUGAAAUGAUGUGUACAGUGCUGAGACCAUUUGGUUCAAAAUUGAAUGAUGAAGAUGAUGAUCAUAAUCAGAACCAGCAUGUUUGUCCAUUAUUGGAAUAGAUUAGAUUAUAAAAGUCAAUAUUUUUUAUCUGCAUCAUGUGAUCUGUUGUUACAUAUACCCUCAUUAAAGCCAUAGUUUGCUCUUUUUAACCUUUUUUUUGGAAGGUUCCCAACAUUUUAAACCCCUUGUAUUAUUCUCCUGAUUGGACACUGUUUUGAACGUAUUUCUGAGAGCACAGAUUCAGAGGCUUAUGCGGAGUUGAAUUGAGUGUACAUUUUCAGCACGUUGUUUCUGUUUCACACAUUCCUGUUGAGGGGGUGGGGGCAGUUCAGCCUCUUUUGAUGCUCUGUGGUCCUAUGCACAUCAUGGUUUCGGAUCCUCCAACAGCUUUGCACUGCUUCUUGGGAAAAGGUUAAUACCUUUCGAUCUUAUGCUUGGUAGCUUGACAGCGUGGGAAGAGUGGGGGGAGACUCCGCUAGUUGGAUGGUGGACCUGUGUUAGUUUGAUAUAUUUUCUUAUUGGUAUGCAAUUCGUUUGGAUUUGGUUCAGGAUAAGGUAUAUGUUGCACGGUCCGCCAUUAGAUGUCUUAAAUGAACAAUGCUAGAAUGCAUUCCUGGAUUUGUGUGUGUGUGUGUGUGUGUGUGUGUGUGUGAUUCUUGGAUCAGAAUCUGUACACCCCCUGCUACACCAGACACCAGCAGUUCCAACAGUGCUUACUGCAUUCUUUUCAUUUUGACCAUUUUUUCCCCUUGUCUGCCAGGCUCUUUAUACAUCACACACUAAUACACCUGGCUGUGUUGGCUUGGGUUCAGCUGUCUUAUCUCUGGGUUUUAACUGACCAUGCCAUUAUGGGAGUCAUGGAAACGCACAAUUCUGUGUGAAGGCCCCAAAAUUCAAUUUGCCAGUUGCCUUUUUUUUCUUCUUCCUUUUGUACUGAUUGCUUAAGCUGUUGGAAGGUGUACUGUGUCAGUUUCAUUUUUUGAAGGUACGUUUCCGUUACAUUAUACAUAUGUACAUUUGCAAGCAAACAAACAAACAACCUUUUGGCAUGUUUUUGAAGAGUUUCUAUUUGCUCUCUCCGAUGGGAUGUUGUACAUAGCAACUUGGAACCAAAACAAACUUGCCUGUCUGUUCAAGUCCUAUCAGUUUUUGUGAAACCUGUGUGCAAAAAAACAAACAUAUGUGUGUAUAUAUAUAAAGCAUAAAUUGUUUUAUUAGCUUUGUUGGUGAAGGAGUGAGUUGUAAUAGGCAUAACCUGUUUCUGUUUGGUGGAGGGAUCUGUUGGGAUACAUGGGGAUCACCUCUUUUUAUUGCAUUAGUGAAGGGGUCCUUUUCAGUUGCAAAGGAAUCCCCUCUCAUAAUGAUUGAGGAAUCCUUUGGGUAGUAUGGGGAUCACCUGUGGAGGAAAGGCCACUUGUGUGCUGCAUGUCGACAGGCAGUCUGUCACCUCAUGGUAGCAGGGCCUUGGGGCUAAGUUUGGCCUGAGAUGGCAAGAAGAGCUAUCUUUCAGCACAGAUUUCUCUCUCUCUCUCUCUCUCUCUCUCUCUCUCUCUCUCUCUCUCUCUCUCUCUCUCUCUCUCUCUCUCUCUCUCUCUCUCUCUCUCUCUCUCUCUCUCUCUCUCUCUCUCUCUCUCUCUCUCUCUGAUUCCUGAACACCGUGAGGGGAAGAAUAGAGACUCCUGGUGAAAUAGAAGAUUUUGGACUUUUUUUUUCUUCUCAUUUUCAGGACUCGUGAAACAUUUGUAAAGCCUUUUUCAUAGCUUUGGCGUCUCCAGAAAACUGAUGUUGAAUUCAAUGUAAUUUUUGUCCAUAAAUAAUUCAUUGAUAUAGGUUAUUGGUAUUCUGUGAUGUCAGAGCAAAAGAAAAUGGGUCAUACUUCUGCCAUUAGUUAGGAUGUUAGAAGAUGUUGCAAAGCCAAACCUACAGGCUUGAACCCCAUACUAUAAAUAUCCUAGUCACCUUUAGGUGGCAACAUUGGCCACUGUUAGCAUUGCUCUUUAUGCAGUUAACAUCAGGUUGAUAUUUAUACAGUCUAUGGUUGACAUUAGUCCAUUCCUUGUCUCUCAGAAGUUCUUUGACUCCCUUUUCUAAUUCUUGGUGAGUUCAGCAGAGCUCCACAUUGGCCUUUAUUUCUCUCCCUGUUUUCUUUCUUGUUUUUCAUUUGUUUUGAGGUGGUAGUCUAUUCAAUAAGCAGUUUGCAAAAAGAUAAGAAAUUACAAUAACAAAAAAAGACAGCGAUGCCCUUCCUCCAGAGCGUAAUCCAUGAUGGGUUUUGAAAGGCUUGGCGUUUUUACUGUGUGUUACUAAUAUCUGAUAACUGGGAUGCUCUGAGAUCAUGGAGGACUUCUGAGCACACUACUGGUUUUUAUCAAGUGCUAGCAUCAUGGGCCUCAUGUGAACCCAUGCCCUGCAGCAUGAAAUAUCAGUCCUAUUCAUAAUACACUAUUUGGUCCCCUUAGAAAAGAAGAAACAUGUAUGUAUUCUAUGUAUUAAUGAUAAAAAAUAGGCUGUUCCUUACUAUCUUUAUUAUAACUCUAUUUCUUUUGGAAAAUAACUUUUUAAAGAAUUGUUGACAUGAUAACAAGUGUUUCUGUAUAACUACUUUGAAGAAACUUUCAACUGAUGAAAACAGGUGACUUUUAUUUUAACUUCUCUUUAUAUUCCCUUGUCCCUCCAGUGAGAACUGUACAUGUUGCUAUUGUUAUCUUGAGAUAAUUUAAAGAUGAAGAAUAAAUGAUUUCCCACUCAA